ACUGAAGAGCAACGAUGACAGCGAGCAGUCAGCUGUUCGUCAAAGAAUGGCUAGUGUUGUAAUAGUUGGAGGUGGGAUUGCGGGUAUCGCCGCCGCAGACUUGCUUAUUAGAUCGGGAUUUCAUGAUGUAAAGAUAUUGGAAGCAACAGACAGAACAGGAGGGAGAAUUUGGAGCGUUGAUGUUGAUGACAAUAUAGAUGGAAAAGCAGAGCUUGGAGCAAACUAUAUCCAUGGAAUAGAGCGCAAUCCUAUCUACAAAAUUGCAGAUGAAAAUGACCUCCUGGAGUUGAGAAACAAGGAAAAGGGACUUCGUCACAGACAUGUUUAUGUUACUGAUCAAGGGGAUAUUGUAAGUAAGCAAAUUGUGCAAGAAGUAGACUGGGCAUAUGGCAUGCUCAUGCAACAAUGUGAGGAGUUCUUUCACUUGGAUAUUGCCACUCCAUGCAAAAAUGAUAGUGUUGGUGCUUUCAUGGAACGGGAGUAUGACCGCAAAGUUGGAAAAUACUCUGCUGAGGAGAAACAUAUACGACAGCUGAUAUUUAAUCAAAGAUUGGCCUAUGAAGCAGUCAUUAGUGGUAGUGACUCCAUGUAUGAUGUCUCUUUGGGUGAACUGGGCAGCUACGAAGAGCUCCCUGGAAUUCACUAUACAAUACCUCCUGGCUUCGAGAUGGUGCUGGAAAUAAUCAAGCGCAAUAUACCUCCAGAGGACAUUGUGCUGAAUAAGCCAGUCACAUGUAUCUGUUGGAAUCAAGGAGACAAGUAUGAGAGCCAUCACCAGGUGUGUGUAGAGUGUGAGGAUGGAGAAAAGUUUUAUGCAGACCAUGUCAUCGUGACGGUCUCUUUAGGGUGUCUCAAGUACAAUGCAAAACGCUUCUUCAGCCCUCCUCUCCCAAAGUGUAAAUUGGAUGCAAUAGAAAGUCUGGACAUUGGCACAGUUGGGAAAGUCAUCCUGGAGUUUGACGAGGCAAUUUUCCCACCAGAUGUUAGGAGACUCGAGCUGCUGUGGGACAAGGACCAUUAUGAUGACUGUGACAAGGAGAUGUCCAAAUGUUGGUUCAGGAAGAUCUACUCAUUCGAAAUGAUCCAGGAAAAUGUGGUGCUAGGCUGGUUAUCAGGAAAGAAUGUUUGUAUAUGGAGACAAUGAGUGAAGAGAAACUAACAGCAGACUGUGUAGCAGUACUGGAAAAAUUCCUCAAGAGAUCCAUCCCAAAACCCAAGAAAGU